AUGCAGUCAUACAGUCACCAGAGUUUGGUACCUCUUGUGAAUCAGCCAGCUACACCUGGAUUUACGAAGGAAUGGGUCAAAUCUGGGUCUAUUGCUCGUCUACACGAUCGAGAUGAUGCAGAGAUUUGGAAGGGCUGGCGGCGAAGGGUCUACCAAUUCGCCCCAAUUUUCGUGGUCGCCAGCUCAUCUCUAUACCUAUUUUAUCUUGCACUGCGUAUUUACUGCAUCAUCAUGGCACAGAGAGCCGAUGGCAUGGUUUUCAUCGCAGCAUGGGUCUUUGUUGCAAUCGAACUCUGCGUCGCUAUCCCUUCUCUCUUGCAAAACGGCUGGUCCGUAUUAGCUUUGAAGAAAAGAGGAAGGGCUAAGCUCCGCUUGGUCGGGAAUGAAGUACCGACAGUAGAUGUCUUCGUGACAUGCUGUGGAGAAGAAGAUGAACUGGUUCUCGAUACUGUUCGUGCAGCUUGCGAUCAAGACUAUCCGGCUGAGCAAUUCCGUGUUAUUGUCCUCGAUGAUGGAAAGUCCGCCGGGCUGCAAACGAGCGUUGAACAAUUGGCAUUUUCGACUUACCCGAACCUUCUCUAUGUCGCCCGAGAGAAAAUUCCCGGAAAGCCCCACUACUUCAAAGCUGGAAAUCUGAAUAAUGGCCUUGAAUAUACAAAUACCUUGCCAGGGGGGCUGGAGAGUUCAUGGCCGCAUUAG